AUGAUAAUCCACGUCAAGAAGAUGUGCUUGCCGCUCAGCCGCGCUCUGGAGGUCGAGAGCGCGGACACCGUCGGCAGUGUCAAGGAGAAGCUAGGGAAUAUCGUGGGAGAAGGCCCACCGCAACUGAUGCUCCUCAUCUUGGCCAAUAAACUGCUGGACAACGACCGCACCCUCGCGAGCUACAACAUCCAGGACGGCUCCUCCAUCUACCUCAAACACAAUCUUUUUUCGAAAAAGGACCCCACGGAAAAUUUCCGAAUGAUAAUCCACGUCAAGAAGAUGUGCUUGCCGCUCAGCCGCGCUCUGGAGGUCGAGAGCACGGACACCAUCGGCAGUGUCAAGGAGAAGCUAGCGAAUAUAGUGGGAGAAGGCCCACCGCAACUGAUGCUCCUCAUCUUGGCCAAUAAACUGCUGGACAACGACCGCACCCUCGCGAGCUACAACAUCCAGCACGGCUCCUCCAUCUACCUCAAACACAAUCUUUUUUCGAAAAAGGACCCCACGGAAAUUUUCCGAGUUUGA